AAAAAAAAAAAUGGCGGAGGCUGUGGCCGACACCCGCAGACUCAACAGCGGACGCCAGGACUUGAACGACGCGUACGGGCCCCCCAGUAACUUCCUAGAAAUCGACAUCUUCAACCCGCAUACUGUGGGCGUGGGGAGGAGCAAGUACACCACCUACGAGGUUCGCAUGAAGACAAAUUUACCCAUUUUUAAGCUCAAGGAAUCCUGUGUGAAGAGACGAUACAGUGACUUUGAGUGGUUAAAAAGUGAAUUGGAGAGAGACAGUAAGAUUGUUGUGCCACCUUUACCAGGAAAAGCUCUUACACGACAGCUUCCAUUUAGAGGAGAUGAUGGAAUUUAUGAUGAAGGUUUUAUUGAAGAAAGAAGAGCAGGACUAGAACAGUUCAUUAACAAAAUUGCUGGUCAUCCAUUGGCUCAGAAUGAGCGCUGCCUGCACAUGUUCUUACAAGAGGAAACCAUUGACAAGAAUUAUGUUCCUGGUAAAGUACGCCAGUAGUCUAGCACACUUGGUCUUCCCUUCAUUCCCAACCUCCAGUGUGAAUUACAUUUAUUUUUACACUAAAAACUAUAUAUACUCUUGCUUUCAUUCUUGUAUUGUUUGUCAACCUUUCAAGACUAAACCAUGCUGUUCUGACAGUAUUAAUGUGGCUUCUAACACCCAUUUCUAUUUAUCUAAAAAGCUCCUUAACUUUAGAAAUGACUACAUUAAGACUCUACACGGGUUACUGCUGAAUUGCUUGGAUUUUUUUUUGAGAGCCCAGAUACUAUGUUCUGAAUCACUGACCUGAUUGUCUAAACUUCCUAUUAUUUCACCCCCUUCCCUCUCCCUGUGGUUGGAGGGGUAAUGAUUUAAGUUCAGCUCACAAAUUGCCAGAUAGUAUCUGUUCCUAAUUGUGUAAAAUUUAAGUAUGAACCGCCAUUGUCCCGGUGUACAAUCGUUGAGCUGUCCUGCAAAUAUAUUAAAAUGCUUCUGGUG